AUGACUUGGUUUUGGCCAUUUGUGGUAGGUGGGUCGCGUUCCCGCGUGCGGGGGACCAAGAACUUCAAGUCGAGUGAAAUAUACAUAGACACUCUAGAAAGCUGGAGGGGCAGGAGUCAGCAGCCUGGAUAUACCCUUAUUACCCCUCCUUUCCUCAUCGACAAGCGCCUCUUCGCCCUCCGCGAGAAGCACAGCCGCAUCCUCCAGGUGGAGGGGUCCAUUGCCCAGGGAAAGACCACCAACAAGGAGCAGGAGGACGUCCUCCGCUCCAAGCCCUCCGUUCUCGCCUCCAUCGACGAGCUCGAGAAGCUCCGCCCCCAGCUCUCCUCCGCCCUCCAGGAGGAGCUCUCCCUCGCCGCCCAGCGCCUCCCUCGCGACGACGACGCCCCCGCCGCCGCCCCCGAGAAAGGGGAGGCAAAUAACAAUGCAGCUGCAAACCAUGGAACAGCAGGAGGCGCUUCUUCUACUCACCCUUCAACAGAAGGUCAAGGAAUGGCUACUUCGUUAGGAUAUGACUAUGAAGUAUUCUUAUCCUUUCAUGGACCAGAUACACGAUCAGCUUUUACCGACUUCCUUUACACUAGUCUUAAUAAGAUGGGAAUCCGCACAUUUAAGGAUGACAAAGAGCUCCAAGUUGGGGAAGAGUUUGCCCCAGAACUUCUCGAAGCAAUUAAACAGUCGAAGAUUUCAAUACCUAUCUUUUCGAAAGGUUAUGCGUUUAGCCCAUGGUGUCUCAAGGAGUUAGUCCAGAUGGUCGAGUGCGAGAAAGUUGGAGGACAAAAGAUCAUGCCCAUUUUUUAUGAUGUGGCACCUUCAGAGGUUCGAUAUCAAACUGGGGGUUACGCAAAGGCCUUUCUUUCACAUGAAGAGAAGGGGCGAUAUGGCGAAGAGACGAUAAACCAAUGGAAGUCUGCUCUCAAUGUAGUCGGGGCAAUAAACGGAUGGGACCUGCACAGUAAGGAGAAGAACAGGCGAGAAGGUGAGUUCACCGAAACAGUUACCCAUGAGGUUUCCAAUAUGUUGUCAAAGGCUUAUGUGGAGGUAUCAGACUCCUUGGUCCGCGUCGACCACCAUUUGGAUGCAAUCAUGAAAAUGAUAGGUGCUGGGACAAGUGAAACACGGAUUAUAGGAAUCCACGGGAUGGGUGGCAUUGGAAAAACAACUAUUGCCAAAAUCAUCUACAAUGAGCUUUCCCACGACUUUGAGAAUCGUUGCUUUCUUCGUGAUAUUCGAGAAGCUUCAAAAGGUAAUGGCAUUCAAUGCUUGCAGAAUCAGCUCAUCUCUGACAUCCUAAAAAAAAAUGCAUAGAUGUAAAAGACGCUGACAAAGGGACUCAGAUAAUUAAAGAGAGGCUGUCCAAUAAAAGAGUCCUCCUUGUUCUCGAUGAUGUGGAAAAAGAGAAUCAUAUCGAUGCACUUGUAGGUAAGUGUGAUUGGUUACACAGGGGGAGCAAAAUUAUUGUUACCA